CUUGCAUUUAUACUGUGAAGAUGAUACGGACGGCUGUGAUAUUGAGGACGGCGGGUAGGAAUUUUAGAGUAAACAGGAUACAUUUAAGAAGAACUUCAAUUAGAAAACAGUCUACAUUGAGUUCAGAGGAAACUGAGGAUGGAUAUGCAGGUAGAAGUCAACCUAAACUAAACGUUAGCAAUACACCAAUUGAGAAGUAUAAAGAUUUGAUUAAUGAUAAAGUAUUGAAACCAGAUAAUCAUCAAUUUCGUAUCAUAUCAAAGUUAAAUGAUCUUCAUACUGAAUUGACGACAUAUCAGCCCUCUGCGAUUAUAGAACUUGACGAAAGGAUAAGCACGAAGACUGAGGAUCUACCAUGGUGGAAGAAAGUUGUCAGUGGUAAAUCACAAGCUUUGAUUGAAUCUGAACGUGAACAAGCCGUUAAAGAUAAGAGAUCAAGAAUACCAAAAGGCUUAUAUUUAUAUGGUGACGUUGGAACCGGAAAAUCCAUGCUUAUGGAUUUGUUUCAUUCAACAGUACCUGAACAAUUCACCCCUAAAGCUCAAAGGUGGCAUUUUCAUGCCUUCAUGCAAGCGGUACAUAAAAGGAUUCACAAAGCGCGUAUAGCAGGUUCAAUUGAUCCUUUAGGUCAAGUUAUAAAUGAUAUAGCAGAAGAAUGCACAGUACUCUCAUUUGAUGAGUUUCAAGUCGUCGAUAUUGUAGACGCCAUGAUCCUUCGUCGUCUAUUUGAAGGUUUAAUCGAUAAGGGUGUUGUUUCAGUUAUGACCUCAAAUAGACAUCCGGAUGAGCUUUAUAAAAAUGGUAUACAGAGGGACUCAUUUAUACCAUGUAUAGAUCUUCUAAAAACUGCUUUUCAAGUAGUUGAUUUAAAUUCUGGUACAGAUUAUAGAAAAUUACCAAGAGCAUUAAAUAAAGUUUACUUCUCUCCAAUAGAUCGUGAAAAUACUAGCGAAUUUGAAAAGAUUUACACCGCUCUCACUUCUAAUAAAACUAUUCAAUAUUCGAAAGAAUUAGAAGUUUGGGGACGUAAAUUACACAUACCAGAAUCAGCUGAUAACGUAGCAAAGCUCACAUUUAAUGAUUUAUGUGGUAGACCAUUAAGUGCUGCUGAUUAUUUAGAAAUAGUUCACAAUUUUGAUACAAUCUUUAUAAGUGAAAUUCCCAAAUUAUCCUUAAAUGUUAAAGAUCAGGCUCGUCGUUUCAUCACAUUCAUUGAUGCUGCCUAUGAAUCUAAAACCCGUCUGUUUUUAUUAUCAGAGGUACCUAUCGAAAGUAUCUUUUCAGAUGAAAGUAAUAAUACAGGUGAGAUUACGGAUGUUAUGAGGUCAGCUAUGGAUGAUCUAGGUCUUAAUGUUGAGAUUGUUGGAGCAUCUUCAAUGUUCACAGGUCAAGAAGAAAUCUUUGCAUUUGCAAGAGCAGUUUCUAGAUUGACCGAAAUGAGCAGUCGUCAAUAUGCUGAAUUAUCAACAAAAACCUAUGAUCAGCAAUAAGUUCGAUCAUUAUAGAAUCAAUCAGGAUAUUUAAAUUGAAUAAAUGUUCUUGGAUUUAGAUUGCUUCUGGAUAAUAUUGAGCUUUGGAAGUUACUUGAGAUUGUUGAAUUAUCUUGGGCUUCUUCAUUUGUGAAUCAUAUGUGAUAAGUUACACUAAUGCACAUUCCUCCUUUGUGGAGGCAAAUUAGU